ACUUGUAUUUGUUUUUGCUCUGCACUGCAUCGCCAUUGCUGUUUGCGAAUGUGUUCCCCCAUACAAAAGAAUAAAAUGGAGGAAUCAUUUGUAUCAAAUUCAACGGAAGAAGAGCUAGGGAAGUUGCGUAGCAUGUGGCAGCUCGCAUCUGUGCUUAAUUUCUUUCAUGUUUUUCGUCCUGUUCUGGAAAUCGGAGUGAAAUUUUCAGCGGAGGAUUUGGAGGCAGCUCUCAUCACCCCAAAUGCCAUGCUCUCAGACAUUCAUAUUUCACUCUUGAAGGAGGUACUUCAACCAUGUAAGGUUAAAUUGCAACAUGACACAUGGGUGACAAUGCUAUGCAAGACCCUGAAAGAGUGGUGGCAGUGGGUUGCUGAAGGAGAACUGCCAAUUGUCACAUCACAUGGAGGAGAGAUUACUGCCUAUAAAGAACUUGAUCCUGGGAUCCGAUUGUUGAUUUUAAAGGCACUAUGUGAGAUUCGUUUAGAGCAAGAUGACAUUCGGACUUACAUAAGUGAUACUUCAAAAAACAGUGACAAGUUUGUUGCAUUCUAUAAGGAGCCAUUAGAGGGAAAUACUGAUGGAACUUCAUACUGGUAUGAGGAUGAUUCUAGCAUGGGACCUCGGUUGUACAAGGAGAUCCAGAAAGUCCAGAGUCAAACACAAUCUAAGGGGAGAGGUAAUUCAUCACAGCCAGAUAUAACAUGUCACUGGGAAACCAUUGCUACAAAUCUUGAUGAAUUUCAGAGAAUCUUUGUAAGUACUGUUUCAAGUGGGAAUGAGGUUGAGAAGAGGCUUGCAAACAAACUUAAGAAUGACAUUCUUCCAGAGAUUGAGAAGAUUCAAAAGAGAAAAGAACAAGCCUUACAGCGAAGAGAGCAAGCCUUGAGAAGAAUGCAAAGGGAUGAUAUGAUUAUGGAUGGAUCUUCCACAGGCCGCUGUCUUCGUGAACGUAAACCAGUUAAUUACACAUUUGAUGAUUAUGACCGAUCAAUUGCGGAGGCAAUAGAAAUAACAAAGCAGGGGCAAUUGUCUCCGAACACCGUGCUGGAAAAUGAUGCAUCCGCAGACAACAGUCCUGCAGGAGUUGGUAAAGAAAUUGAUCUUUAAAAUUUGAACUCCAGAUGUACUUCCAUAAAUUUUUGAAGAUGGGUGUAGAGUAUUAUAGAGGGGACCGCUGGUCUGUAGCAGAAUGAUUUCGUACAAGUCAAAUCAUUCUCUGCUGGAAUGCAGAAAGUUUGAAUCUUUCUUGGUCUCUUUAUAUGCUUGGCGUACUUGGAGCAAAAACUGGCAUCAUAAUAUGAAAUGCCCAUUUACAGGAAAAUUAUAUACCAUUGUAUUUAAGAAGCCAAUUAGAUUAAUGACUGGAAAAUGCUUAGGAAGUGAUUACUCUUUGACCCAGGGCUGAUGAGCAGCUUGCAGUAGCUGCUAAAAGCCUAAAAUUCAAAGAUCUGGUGUACCUGCUAUACACAUAGUCAAUAUACAUAGGGAGUCAAAAUGUAGAGAUCAUUAUGUAAAAUUAAGAAUUUUGUGCUCUGUUAUGCCAAAAAAGAAGGAACUAACUUUCAAACUUCUAGUGA